GCCAGUACUGGAAAAAUUUUUGGCAAAAAACAAAUCUCAUUCAAUUAAUAAAAUUUUUAUCUAACUAGGUAUGCAACUACUGAUGUUUUUCCAGUAUGUCAGUUUGUAGGUUAUGUAAUUUUUAAAAAUGUUUCCACUAAAUCUAAUAAGAACUGUGCUACGCAGCAACUUGCAUUUAAAUGAAGUACAAUCCACAAAUACAAUAAUCUACAGUCACAUUAGAUUUAAGAGUAAAGGCCAAAGGAAACAGCAAUCUUCUGAGUCGGAAACAGAACCUGAAGAAAAGGACUACUUGGAUGAUAUCACAGAUAAACACACCAAAACAUUAAAAGUAAACGUAAAUUCACUACGACUCGAUGCUAUAAUUAAAUCUGGUUUAGGGAUAUCCAGAAAUAAAAUAGAAACAAUAUUCUAUGAGAGUAAAAUCAGACUUAAUGGCCAAAAGGUGUUGAAGAAAAGUGUCACAGUGAAAGAAGGAGAUGAAAUAGACGUAAUUAAGGGGCUGAGUGUAAAUAAUCCGAAUUUCCUAACUGUAGCCAGAGUGGAAGUGCUAUUUGCAGCUGAAAAGGAUGAAAAUAUCAGUUUGAAAAUAAGAAGGAAUAAGUCAUUGUUGAUAGAAAAUUAUGAAGACAAGUGGAAGCCUUCUUAAUGAAUUCUAUGGAAUAUUGUAAAUAUAUAAAUUAAUAAAAGGUUAUUUUUAAGUUUCA